CGAGGCUCCCACUUCCGGCAGCUAUUAGCUUUAGAGAGAAACUGCAUCAUCAUCAAUGGCGUUGAGACUGGCAUCGCUAAAACGCGCCGCGGCUGAGUCAUGCCGCAUCUUCGAAACGCGAAGCUUCAGCAACGUCGCGGCUAUGCCUUCGCCUUUGAACAGCGUCAUCGAUCGACCCAUCGGUACGCCGCCGCUGAUUUCACCUGAGUUCGAUGAGAAUCAGAGUCAACCGGGUUCGAUCGAUGAGAAUAGGUUCGGAUUCGGGUUUCCUAGUUUUGCUUUCAGUGGAUCCAUGGACCUGAUGGCUGUGCCCAAGAAGAAGGUUUCUAAACACAAGAGGGGAAUAAGAAAUGGGCCAAAGGCUCUUAAGCCUAUUCCUCUCAUCAUCCGUUGCAGGAGUUGCGGGCGAGUUAAACUGCCACAUUUCUUCUGUUGCAGCGGUGAGCGGGUAAACCCUAGUGAGCAAGGCCAUUAGAACUGCUGACCAAGAUCUCCUUUAUGAUUACUCCUUGUUGGAUAUCCACAGCGGGUAAAUCUUGGGUUUCUUAGUCCUACACUCGAGUGAAACUAUGGAUUUAGUUGCUCUGUUUUUGUCAAAUUAUUUGGGUUUCAGCUGCAAGAUCAAUAUGCUCAUGCUUCGUUUUUUUUUUGACAAGUUAUGUUGUUGUCAUUGCUUGUUGCAAAGUCUAGGCCAGCUCAUUUAUAUAUGUGCUCUUAGACAUAAAAUCAACAUCUACUUUAAAUAAAGAAAAAUCUUCCCA